AUGAAGUCUGUAUUCUACAGUCGCUUCUUCAUCCUUCUUCCUUGGGUAUUGAUUGUUGUUAUUAUUAUUGAUAUUGAUACCAGGAGACCUUCUAAUACCAACAGAGUACCCAUCACCCGCCACUAUUCUCCAUACUGGAAACAUAGGAUUGGUCGGGCAGCUUUGAUGAGACUCCAGCCAAGCGACAUCAGCAUGGCUUCAUGGACCACCAAUCAAGAACAGUUGACUAGCUCUGAUAAUCAGUGGGCAAACAACAAUACUAUGCCUAUUAUAUAUGCCAUCACCCCUACUUACAGCCGACCUGUACAGAAGGCAGAACUUACUCGCCUAGCCAACACAUUCCGUCAGGUUCCUCGUUUACAUUGGAUAGUAGUAGAGGACUCUCCACAUCCUACAGAUUUGGUCAGCCGCUUUUUGGCUGGGGCAGGUUUAAGGGCCACUCACUUGCAUGUACCCACACCAAGGAGAUAUAAACGAUCUGGUUCACCUCGAGCUACAGAACAGAGGAAUGCCGGAUUGGCUUGGCUUAGACAGCAGUACCAACCCAAGACUCAUCAUCAUCCUCAGCGAUCAGAAGUCCAGAAGUCACCUGUACAACAGGAGCACCCUGCAGGCAUUGUCUUCUUUGCUGAUGAUGAUAACACUUACAGUCUGGAGCUAUUCCAGGAGAUGCGCACAACUCAGAAAGUCUCAGUAUGGCCAGUGGGCCUUGUUGGUGGGCGACGGUAUGAACGUCCCAUUGUUGAAAAUGGAAAAGUUGUGGGUUGGUACACAGGAUGGCGAGCAGACAGACCUUUUGCCAUUGACAUGGCAGGGUUUGCUGUGAGUCUUCAAGUGAUUCUUUCAAGUCCUAAAGCUGUGUUUAAACGCCGAGGCUCCCAGCCAGGAAUGCAGGAAUCAGAUUUUUUAAAACAGAUCACGACAGUACAAGAACUGGAGCCCAAAGCAAACAACUGCACCAAGGUUCUUGUGUGGCACACUCGAACAGAAAAGGUCAACCUAGCAAAUGAGCCCAAGCGUCUUCAGGAUACAAUUAAAAUUGAGGUAUGAUCAUCAAAUGCCAUUUUGUAGCGUCCUGGAGAAAGAAUUACCCAUGGAUCCAUAGCUGUGGACUUCAAGAGAUAAUGAAGAAGCUGCCAUUCUUCAGCUUACCCUGAUGAUAUGUUGGCCUUUAGGUGAAGCCUCAAGUUACAGAGAUACAGAGAAGAAUCUCAGAAUAUUUUGGACUUUUUACCACAUGUUUCUUUGUAUAUGGUUUGCAUGUUCCAUACCACAGUUUUUUUUCAACUGGAUUUUCAGUAAUGCUAAGAGGCAUCCCAACAGAGUAACCUGAGGGGUGUUGAUCUUUGCCCUACCCAAACGAAAGUAAAGCUUCCAUAACACAAUAUAUAGAGGAUUCCACUUACGGGAGUACAGCACUCAGUUUAGCCAUUUUCCAUGUCAGUAUUAAGUAAUAUACCCUAGCCCUUUGAGGCUACAUGAAAUACAAACAAUCUGUAUGCUUAUAGAUUAAUACAUGAAAGGAAACAUUUCUUCAAUACUAGGCACCUUAAAAUGUAAAACCCAAUUGACAUAAUCCUGGAUGUACUUGCCCUGAAGAAACUUCUACUGUUCACUUCAAGUCAAUGAGGGCUGUAAGGAGGGGAGAGAAUGCAUGCAAUGUAUCUUCCAUGAAAACCCAGUGGUGUAUUACAUUGCCUCACAACACAUCACAGACCCUCCUGUCCAGGCUUAUGUUUCUCUCCGUUAUGGUGUUCUUUGUUUAGGACACCAUCAACUACAUCACAACUAUUGAUAGAUGUACAUCCAAAAGAGAUACACAAAUGAUUCCCAAUGAUACACUUACAAUUUGCAUGAUUAAAUAUACUUCAAUAUGACUAUAGUUUCUUUGUAAGGAUAAGUAAGGAGGUGGCUGAAGGUGACACUGAAAAUUUGCAAUUACUAACAUGAUACCCAGUACCCUUAAAUAACCCUUUGAUAUAUUUCCUUUAAAACCAUUGCACAAAAAA